GACGUUUGUCUUUUUAGCUAUCUUAGCUUGCUACCUGUCUGAAGGGAAAGUCAGGUCACGGAUUGCUACAUUGUACAGUAACAGCAGGUGCACUGACCAUGGCAUUGAGAGGCGCUGUGUGCCGUCUGCUCGGCAACUCACAGAGAUGCGCCAUUAUCACGUCUUCCAGAGCACAGGGAACCGCCGCACCUGCACAGUGGGAUGCCGAGAAGUCAAGUGAGAAGAAAGCAAAAGCGCCCAAGGUCAAGUUUAACUGGCAAGAUGGCCUGGAGCUGGAGGGUCAGCUGACUGAAGAGGAGAUCAUGAUCAGGGACUCUUUCCGUACCUACUGCCAAGACAAACUCAUGCCCCGCAUCCUUAUGGCCAACAGACAUGAAGUGUUCCAUCGUGAGAUAGUGUCAGAGAUGGGAGAACUAGGUGUACUCGGCCCCACUAUUAAAGGGUAUGGCUGUGCCGGGACCAGCUACGUGGCCUACGGGCUGAUCGCCAGGGAGGUGGAGAGGGUGGACAGCGGCUACAGGUCGGUGAUGAGCGUCCAGUCCUCCCUGGUCAUGCACCCCAUCUACGCCUACGGGACCGAGGAGCAGAAGGAGAAGUACCUCCCCAGGCUCGCGCGUGGAGAGAUCCUGGGCUGUUUCGGCCUCACGGAACCCAAUCACGGCAGCGACCCCUCCGGCAUGGAGACCAAGGCCAAGUACAACCCGUCCAGCCGCACGUUCACCGUCUCGGGCUCCAAAACCUGGAUCACCAACUCGCCCGAGGCCGACAUCGCGGUGGUCUGGGCCAAGUGCGAGGACGGGAAGGUGCGCGGCUUCAUCCUGGAGCGCGGCAUGAAGGGCUUCUCCACGCCCAAGAUCGAGGGCAAGUUCUCCCUGCGGGCGUCCGCCACGGGCAUGAUCGUCAUGGAUGACGUGGAGGUCCCCGAGGAGAACCUGCUGCCGAAAGUCUCCGGCCUGGCGGGUCCCUUCGGAUGCCUGAACAACGCCCGCUACGGUAUCGCCUGGGGAGCGCUGGGGGCGGCAGAGUUCUGCUUCCACGCCGCGCGCCAGUACACACUGGACAGGAUCCAGUUUGGGGUGCCUCUGGCCAGGAACCAGCUGAUGCAGAAGAAGAUGGCCGACAUGCUGACUGAGAUCACCAUCGGCCUGCAGGCCUGCCUGCAACUGGGCAGGCUCAUCGACGACAAGAAAGCGGCCCCGGAGAUGAUCUCCAUGCUGAAGAGGAACAGCUGUGGCAAGUCCCUGGACAUCGCCCGGCACGCCCGAGACAUGCUGGGGGGCAACGGCAUCUCCGACGAGUACCACAUCAUCCGCCACGUCAUGAACCUGGAGGCCGUCAACACCUACGAAGGUACCCAUGACAUCCAUGCUCUGAUUCUGGGCAGAGCUAUCACUGGACUACAGUCCUUCACUGUGGGGAAGUAGACUGCCAGAAGCUGUUAGCACCUCUACAGACAACAACUAAUAUAAACCACCCUUCAAACUGCUUCUGAACAAUGCUUAAGUAGCUGGCAGUUUGCUGAAAUGGACUGUCAACCAUAAUGCCAAGGUUUUCUCUCUCCUAAGUUUGUAGAUUGUGUACAUUAAAUCGUUAUUUUGAGGGAAUAACCAGGUAUAGGUUUUAAGAGAAGUUUAUCACUGAACCUUUGGGCUGUUGUGAACUGUAAUUAUUUUAGGCAGAUUUUCAAUUCCUACUAAAGCUAUUUUUCUACUCUCAGUCUCAAAGUCCUGACUUUCUGAACAUAAGUUAGAAAGUUUCAUUCUAACCAAUUUCAAUUAAAAGGGAUAAAGUGUUACUUUAUUCAAAGGAUUUAAAAUGUUUUCGGGGGGGAAACGGUUUAGAUUGAGGUCCAGAUGUGAACUUGGGACUGAGUCUUCAGAUCUGUGUUUGUGAGUACCAAAGUUCAAACUCACAACCUCUCAUCAUUUCUCGUGGUUAAAUUUCACUUAAGCCUUUUGAGGAAAUGUUUUUUGAGGGUUAAGAUGUAAUCUGUUGGCACUUUAUGAGCUCAUUAACCAGAUGUGGUCAUGCAUGGUUUGAAUAAAGCUUUUCUGAGCUUAACUUAAA